AUGGAAGAAAAUAAUAUUGUUGAUGAUUGUGGUUGGAAGCCGAAAGUGGGAAUGCCAUUUGACUUUGAACAAGCUGCAUAUGACUUCUACAAUACGUAUGGGGGAAAUGUGGGCUUUAGUAGUAGGAAGGCCUAUGCAAACAGGAACAAACAUACGAAGGAGAUAACAUCACGGACGUUUGUAUGUUACAAAGAGAGAAGUCGGGGUAUUGACAAACGAGAUCCACUUGUCAAAAACCCGAGACAAGAGCUACACCAAACGGGGCCAAUGUCAAACAAAGCUCCGAAAACUAUUUUCACAGAUCAACAUGCUGCGAUGGCUAAUACAAACCAUCGUCUUUGUACGUGGCAUUUGAUGCAAAAUGCUGUCAAGCAUGUAAGUUCUGUUUUCAAUGAUGUAGGGGUCAAGGCCGUGUUUUCAAAAUUUAUGCAUGACAUUGAUGAUGAAGAAGAAUUCCGAAUGCAGUGGAACCAAAUGCUUGAUAAGUAUGAUGCAUUCGACAAUCAUUGCUUGGAGUAG